AGUGUGUGAGCCAUGGUGGUCGUGAAUGUUGGUGGCAAGAGAUUCCAUACGUCAUUGGAGACGCUUAUGAGCUGUCCAGGCGCAAACGAUGAGAAGUUAUGCCUGGACUAUUCAACUGAGGAGAUCUUUAUCGAUCGCGAUCCCAAAAUGUUUGGAUACAUUUUGAAUUACUUGCGUGACGGGAGAGUGCACGUCCCCAAAAAUGGACACGUCAUUGCGCUGCUGCUUCAGGAAGCUGUGUUCUAUGGUCUCGGUACACUCGCUGAAAGACUUCACAAUGAGCUACGUCUGUUCCACGACUACAUCACUAUUGAUGCCGAAGAAUCUGGCGGGGCGAGAGAACCUGAAGAAGCUGAAACAAGUCGCCUUUCAUCAUCAAUUCAUUCUCAGCACUCCUCCGGUGACGUCAGUGAGAGUGCAAUGUAUUCGGACACCUGUGAAGAUUAGCUAACACAUUCAAGUUGGCUAGUUUUGUUUUCGGUAUCGAGCGGAUUCUUUGCUUGGAAUGUUUCUUUAGAAUGUAUCUUCUUUUUGACUAUAAAUGUUGCUGAACA